CUCCCAUUCAAAUCCGCCUUUUUUCGCUCGUCGCCAUUUGCAUUGCAUUGCACUGCAUUUACAGCAAACUGAGCAAACCCACAAGCUCCAGCAAAAGGGAAGAACCGUCCCAACGCUCCCAUCCCAAACACCAGCACAACACCCCACCUCUCACAUAUUCCCUCGCCCCCCACAUUCGAAGUUCCGAAAAUGGGCAAAAAGAAGUUCAUAGACAAGUCGAAAUCAGUCCAUUACCAGGUCGUCCACCGCUCGCAGCGCGACCCGGCGCUCGCGGACGAGGAGAGCAGUCGGUAUGUGCUCAAGCCCGUGCCGCCGAGUUAUAAUUUGUUGAAGAAAGGAAAGUACGAAGCGGAGGUUCCUGACGCUGAUUACCCCGAGUAUGAGGAGCGGGACGGGGAGUAUGAUGGAAGUGAGGUUGGGUUUUCGGACGAAGAGGAGGAGGGGGAAUGGACGGAUGAUGAGGAGGGUGAGGAGGAGGGGGAGGAGCGGGUAAAAGGGAAACCACAACCGAAAGCGGACACAACAGGAGCAGCAGAAGCCGAUCCGUCCCUCUACGGCAUCUUCUUCACCGAUCAAGAGAAAUACGACUACCUCAAGCACCUCAAGCCGAUCGGCGAGGACCCCUCCGCGGUGUUCAUGGAAGCCAAAAACAGCCAAUCCAAAAAAGAUAAAUCCGGUGGGAUCCAGUUCGUCGACGCCGACGCGCAGGAAGCGCAUUCCGGGCAACGCAAAACCGUGGCAUUUCAACUCCCCUCCGAAGCCCUCGCUUCGGAAUACGAGACCCGUGUCGGACUGCUGAACCAGCCCGCGGUCCCCUCCAUGCUGGACGUGGGCAGCGACGUGCGCGAGGUGCUGUACGCCCUUGACGACGACGCGUACGUGCAGGAGGACGCUGAUGACGAUUUCUUUGCUGCGUUGGAUAUGGAUGAGGUUCCUGAGCGGUUUGAGGCUGAGGUUGCGGCGGCGGAGGAGCGGGAAAGAGAACAAGAAGAUAGGAAGGACGAGGAGGGCGGGGAGUGGUAUAAGGCGUAUCGACGGUACAAGAAGGGGGAGACCGAGGAUCUCUCCUCUGAAUCCAACGACGAUGAUGACGAGGACGAUGAAGAGGAGUACGACUCGUUCAACGCCGACGCCUCCCUCCCGCGGAGCACAAACACAAAAAAAUGGGACGCCCAAACCGCCGACACCUCCUUCUCCGCCAUGUCCUCCUCCACCAUGUUCCGCAACGCCAACCUCACCCACCUCGACACGCACUUUGACGCCGUGCUCGCCGACUACUCCGACACCGAGAUCGGCGAGCUCGACCCGGACGACACCCAGGUGCGCGGGGAUAACCUCCUCCCCCAAUCCCGCCUCGAAUCCCUCUUUGACGAUUUCCUGGAGUCGACGGAACUGAUGGGGAAGCGCAAACAACGACUGGUUACCAAGAUCGACCGGAUGGGGUUGAUCGACACCGUGCGUGAUGAACUCAAGGAGAACGCGCGCGAUGCGGCGAGGAUGUAUAAGAAUGAUGAGGGGUACAUGCGGGAACUGAGUGUCGAGGAGGCGCUGGAGGGGUGUGUGGUCCCCGAGGAGAAAGUGAGGGACAUGUGGGAUUGCGAGACGGUGUUGACGACGUAUACGAAUGUGUAUAAUCGGCCGAGGUUGAUUGCGGAGACGGGGACGAAUGGGAAGGCGCCGAGGCGGAUCAGGUUGAAGGGGAAGAUGGGGAUGCCGGUGGUUGAGGAUGCAAAGUCGCAGACCGAGUUGGCCGCGGAGAAGACCACGAAGCUGGGAGAGAAGACGGAGAACGCGGACGGAUCCGGAGCGGAAUCCGACACGGAACCCCUCAACCGCGGCACCGCGCGCCCACGCACCGAAACACCCGCCGAGCGCAAGAUGCGCAAACAGGAAGUGAAAGCUGAGCGACGGAAUCGCCGAGAAGAAAAGAAAGCGACCAAAGCUGCCUUCAAGGACGAAACGAAACGGCAGGCCAAGACGUUCAGGAAUGUCGUUAGGCAGGAGGCGAGCGUGCAUAUUGUGUGAAGGAAGGGGAGGGGAAGGGAGGGGGAAAGUCUCCCCCCUUUUCUCCAACGUAGCUCAUGUAUAUCCGUCCAUCCCGCAUUGUAUGUUUAUAGCCAUUUUUUAUCAUUAUUUUCCUUGUUAAGCCA